UAUUAACCUUGCUCAGAAGACAACCCCCACUACUGUCAACUAUGCUGAUACUUCUAACCAAGCUCCUCCUAUCCGACAACUUCCUACUUGUUAUUAUUGUGGAUGUACUGGACAUUUCAUUGCUAAGUGCAAUGCACGAGGACAAGAUCAACAAUCUCAAAGACCCAGACAAUCAGAAUGA